UUGUUAUCACAAACAACAAGCCUGAUAAUAUCAUCGCUUAAUCUCGUUGAAGCACAGAUCUUUCUCGAUGGGACUACAACCCGGAAGUGAGAGUUAAAAAAGGUUCAUUUCAGACAAGAGAACUACUUUAUAAAGAUGAGGGUGGUCUGGGGCUCGUGUCUCAGUUUGAGGAGACUCAGUCAUGUGUUUUCUGUAGGCUCAGGCACGCGCACUCUCACCUCAGCCAGCAUGCGCUUGGUCCAGUUCUUUCGACACGGCGACGUGGGAAGCGUGAGGGUCGGCGUGGAGAGAGAGAACGGCUGCGUGGUCGACCUGAAGGCUUUCGAUCAGUCCGUACCUUCCACCAUGAGAGAGUUCUUGGAACUGGGAGAGAAGGGCAUGGAGUGCGCUCAGAGAGCCGUGUCCAGCGGCGAGUGUGUUCUCCCUCGCUCCGAUAUCCAGCUCCUGUCUCCGAUCACCGGUCCGGACAAGGUGGUGUGUGUGGGUAUGAACUACAGAGACCACUGUCUGGAGCAGAACGCCCCCAUCCCCACCGAGCCUAUCAUCUUCAGCAAGUUUCCCUCCGCCAUCACGGGUCCCUAUGACGACAUCCAGCUUCCAAGCGAGAGCCAGGAGGUGGACUGGGAGGUGGAGCUGGCUUUUGUGAUCGGGAAAAAAGGAAAGCACAUAAAGGAGGAGGAUGCUCUCGGUCACGUCGCCGGCUUCACCGUAGCCAACGACGUCAGCGCCCGCGACUGGCAGAUGAUGAGGAACGGCAAGCAGUGGCUUCUGGGGAAAACGUUCGACACGUUCUGUCCGCUCGGGCCUGCCCUCGUUACCACGGCAGCGCUGAAGGACGUCCACAAUCUGGGGAUCCGCUGCCUGGUUAACGGAGACGUCGUUCAGGAAAGCAACACCGAUCAGCUGAUCUUCAAGACGGAGAAGCUGGUUGCGUGGGUCUCACAGUUCGUGACGCUGUACCCAGGCGACGUGUUUCUGACGGGCACGCCUCCAGGAGUGGGCGUGUUCAGAAAGCCACCCGUCUUCCUAAAGAAAGGAGACGUGGUGGAGUGUUGGAUCGAGGAGAUCGGAUCCAUCCGAAACGCCGUGGUGUGACUCUGGCGCCGGUCCACUGACUCCACCGAUCUGGGAUGAAGAAAAUGACCGAUUCGCAUUUUCACUGAUGCAAUGUAGAGAUCUCUGUAAUCUUAAUCUGAGGCACUUGCACUGGGGAAUGGCCACGAGAUGGCGCUCUUGCUGAUUAUGGUUGGGAAUAAGCACUGCUGUAUUAUUAGUGGGUUUGGGUUUAUUUUGUUUUUCCAAUCAAGGUGUGAUUUUUUUUUUUUUCUUUUCUGUCUUUAAAAUGCUAAAAUUUUCA